AUGUCUCUCACUCGGGAGUCAGUCGUCGACUUUGUUCGGCCAUUUGUCGAGCUCUCGUACCCCGUGAAGGGCUUUGAGAACGGAGUGCCGACGACGCUGUACAGCAAGGGCAGGCUCGACGUCCGGUAUGUCAUCUUCUGGGCCGUCGUGUUCAGCGUCCUUCGCCAUGUGUCCAUGAAGUACAUUCUGUCGCCCCUCGCCCGACGAGUGAUUCCGACACCGCCGCUCGACCACAAGCCGACAUCACCGGCCAUGGAGCGCCACCUGAAGCGAGUCGCAGCGAAGAAGAAGGAGCACAACUCUGUGCGCUUUGCGGAGCAGGCGUGGGCCAUGGCCUACUGCACCGUGUUCUGGACCAUCGGAAUGAUCAUUCUGCACCGAAUCCCCAACCCGACCUCGCCGGAGCAGCUCUGGGGAACGUACCCGUACACGCCGCUGCCGGCACUCACCAAGUUCUACUACCUGGCGCAGCUCGGAUGGUGGUUCCACCAGCUUUACGUGAUCAACACGGAGAAACCGAGGAAGGACCACUGGCAGAUGUUCGGCCACCACCUGCUGUCGAUCGCUCUCAUCGGCUCGUCGUACCUGGCGAACUACACUCGGAUCGGCGUCGUUGUGCACUCCCUGAUGGACUUCUGCGACAUCCUGCUGCCUCUUCUGCGGUACAUGGCGUUCUCCCGGGCGUGUGACGCCGCGUUCGUCGUCUUCCUCGUCUCGUGGAUCAUCACGCGCCAGGUCGGUCUCUUCCUCGUCAUCAAGAGCGCCGCGGUUGAGGCGCCCAAGUACAUUGCGUUCAAGUGGGACCCCGCGAACGGCCACUACCUGACGAAGGGCAUGUACUACGGCUUCAUCAUCCUGCUCAGCAUCCUGCUCGUGCUCUGCACGGUCUGGUUCUACAUGGCGAUCAUGGUGGCCGUCCGUGUCGUGCGCGGCCAGGGCGCCGAGGACACUCGCUCCGACUCGGAGGACACGGACGACGACGCGAUCUCGCUCGAGGACGAGGACGACAGCGUCAUCCCCAACGGCCACACGAACGGCAUCAACGGCCACGCCAACGGCCAUGCCAACGGCAACGGUGUCACGAACGGUAUCACGAACGGAAACGGUGUCAACGGCGUUAACGGGCAUUCGAGCGCGGUCAACGGACACGCGAACGGGCUCAAGAACCGCAAGCACUAG